AACCAGCUUCUGCUACUACUUGCUACUAAACCCACAACCUUCAUUGCCUACAUUUUUCUCCACUUUCACCAAAUUUCGCUCACAUUCUCACCUAAUUCCUUGCUUUCCAAUCCAAAACCCUAGUCGCAUCGAUCUUCAUCACAUUUAGCAGCUACAUUUCAUCCUUAUUAACUAACCCUUUGCAUAGUCAAAUUUUGGAUACUUCUUUAACUCAAAUGGACCGAGUAGCAAAGUUGGCGUCACAGAAGGCUGUAGUGAUCUUCAGUAAGAGCUCGUGCUGCAUGUCGCACGCAAUCAAGAGACUGUUCUAUGAACAAGGCGUAAGCCCUGCAAUCUACGAGCUCGACGAGGAGUCAAGAGGGAAGGAGAUGGAGUGGGCUCUGAUGAGGCUAGGUUGCCAGCCGUCGGUGCCGGCGGUGUUCAUUGGGGGAAAAUUUGUAGGAUCUGCCAACACAGUCAUGACCCUUCAUCUUAAUGGCACCCUAAAGAAGUUGCUUAAAGAUGCAGGAGCCCUAUGGCUGUAGUCCAAUUCCAUGCAUGGAU